AUGAUCGAAUAUGAUACAACAACAACAACAACUGCAGCAACAACAACAACAACUGCAACAAUAACAACAACGACAACAAUAACUACUACUACAACUACAACAACUGCGACACAUGCAAUACCUCAUAUUCUUAAUAUUCAUGUUCAUUUGGAUGAUAAUGAAACACCAAUUAAAGCGGUCUUAGAUGAAACAAAAUCAACAAAUUUCUUUUCAAUCGAUCAACAACAUCGUUCUGAUAGUACUAAAAAAAUGACAAAAAUAUGCAUUACACCACUUGGAGAUACUCUAGCAAUGGAUACAAUUGAUACAGUAUCUUUUUCAUCAACAACAAUGCAAACUCAAAUUUCACCAACAAUUUCAACACUUUUACAUCAACAGCCUCGAUCAGCAUCAAUAUCAAUGCUACGUGAUAAAUGGGCUAGCAAGGUGGAAUUUAUGCUAGCAGUGAUCGGUUAUGCGGUUGAUCUUGGCAAUAUAUGGCGAUUUCCAUCAACAUGUUAUAAAUAUGGAGGAGGUGCAUUUUUGAUACCAUAUUUGAUUAUGCUCUUCAUUGGUGGUUUACCGGUAUUUUAUAUGGAAUUAGUCCUUGGUCAAUUUCAUCGUUCUGGUUGCAUAAGUAUUUGGAAAAAGAUUUGUCCAAUGUUCAAAGGUAUCGGUUAUGGUAUAUGUUUCAUAUGUACCUUUAUUGCUUGCUUCUAUAAUGCAAUUAUUGCGCACGCCUUAUACUUCUUGUUUAAAUCUUUACAGUCGGAAGUACCAUGGAAAACAUGCAACAAUCCAUGGAAUACACCGUUAUGCGCAAUUAGUCUAAAUGGUUCAAAUAGUGCAGUUGCAAUCAAUGAAAGCAAUCAAUUGAAUGGAAAAUUAAGGACACCAUCUGAGGAAUUCUUCCUAUUUAAUGUAUUGGAAGAAAAUUAUUCCAGUGGUUUUAAUGAUCUUGGUGGUAUUAAGCCAUCGUUAGCUUUAUGCCUCACUAUUGUUUUUAUUCUUGUUUAUUUUGCUCUCUGGAAAGGACCGCGAAGUAGCGGGAAAUGUGUAUGGAUAACAGCCACUGCACCAUACAUAAUUUUAUCAGUGUUAUUCGUCCGUGGAAUCACUUUACCUGGUGCAUCAGCUGGAAUAUAUUAUUAUUUGAUGCCAAAUUUUAAAAUGCUUCUUGAUAUCGAUGUUUGGACAGCAGCUGCCACCCAAAUUUUCUUUUCACUUGGCCCUGGAUUCGGUGUAUUACUUGCAUUAAGUAGUUAUAAUGAUUUUCGAAAUAAUUGUUAUCGGGAUGCACUGGUAACUUCAUUUAUUAAUUGUGGUACUUCAUUUUUUGCUGGUUUUGUAAUAUUUGCAACUCUUGGCUAUAUGUCAACCAUAACUAAUUUACCGGUUAAUGAGGUAGUAGGCGAUAAUGAUGCUAAUAUCAUCUUUAUUGUCUAUCCACAAGCAAUUGCUACAAUGUCAUAUGCAAAUUGUUGGUCUUUCAUAUUUUUUGUCAUGUUAAUUACUCUUGGCAUCGAUAGUACGGUAAGUAUUACUUUCAGUGGAAUUGAAGCAUUGAUUACGGGAUUCUGUGAUGAAUAUCCGGAAAUGCUAAUACGGAGACGUGAAAUAUUCGUGGGUAUCGUAAUCGUUGCCUAUUAUUUUGGUAGUCUUCCAACUAUUACUUAUGGAGGCAAAUAUAUCAUAUCAUUCCUUGAUGAAUACGGUGUAUCAUUAUCAGUAUUAUUUAUUGUAAUGUGUGAAAUGAUUGCCGUUUGCUGGUUUUAUGGAAUACAACAAUUUAGCCAAGAUAUUCAACAAAUGCUUGGCUUUUAUCCAGGAUUAUAUUGGAGAGUUUGCUGGACAUGUUGUCCAGUUGUCAUCACUACAAUAUUCUUAUUGACCAUUUAUAAAACAUCACUGGAACCGAUGACCAUUGGGUCGUAUACAUAUCCACAGUGGAGUGCUUAUUUUGGAUGGUUUCUACGUUUAACAUCAAUUCUCAGCAUUCCAUUCUUUGCAAUCUAUUAUUUCUGCAUUGCUAAAGGAACCAUAAAAGAACGCUGGCAAUUUCUGAUAAAACCACAACAAAGUAUCUAUUCUCAGACAUCAUCAAUAGCGCCAUCGACACUGCUGCAACGUGAUUUGCCAACCACUGAUACCAAGGAUAGUGCACCUGAUAAUAAUGAGACUCCAAUGGCUACCAAUAAUACCAUCCAUUUGUAG